AUGCCUCCUUCAACUGUCAAAAGUAAGAAGUUAAAGACCGACUCUGGGGAAGAUGAUGCUUCAACAACACGGGUCAAGAUAAUUGACGUCGCGCCACCCAUUAUCAACGAGUCCGAUCCAGUGUACUACGUGACCCUUGAUAUGCGGCUACUCAAUUGGAACUAUCUCAACUUUAAAUUUCGGACGAAGACAACCACGCGAUUAUUCGCCAUCAAGCAACGAAUUCAAAAGCAGCAUGGCCCCAUUUUGGAUCUUAAAAUUUGCAAAGAGCACUAUUCUGAAGCCAAUGAAUUAAGGGAUGACAUGAUGACCUUGGCGGAAUAUGGAAUUACAGGUGCAGCAGACGGCGAGCCUGAAGUGGUGUGCUUGAUACACUACGACUUCAAACCCGAUCAGUAUGAUAACCCGCUACUUCUCGCUAGCGAAGAAUAUUGA